AUGCAAGCAAAGCAAGACGGUCAGGCCGAUGUGUUGACUCAAUUUAUGACUGAAACGAGAUCAUCAAUUCGGAGCUUGGAAACUCAGAUUGGACAGUUGGCUACGCUUAUGGCAAACCGAGCUCAAGGGAACUUGCCAAGCACUACUGAGGUGAAUCCAAAGGGGAAUCCUGACGAACAGUGUCAGGCGAUUACUUUGAGGAGUGGAACAGUGUAUGAGGGAACAAAUGUGGAAAAGAGCGUCGAGCAGAAGCAAGAUCAACAGGCACCCAAUGAAGAGGAAAAGAAGACUUGUGAAGAGAAGGUUAAAGAGAUUCCGCCAGCAAGAGAAGUGGUACCUCCGGUGUCUAUAGAUCAUCACAAAAAAAUUCCAUAUCCACAGAGACUCCAAAAGAACCGUCUUGACAAGCAGUUUGCAAAGUUCUUAGAGGUAUUCAAGAGGUUGCAUAUCAACAUACCCUUCGCAGAAGCAUUAGAGCAGAUGCCCAGUUUCGUUAAAUUUAUGAAAGAUAUUUUAUCAAAGAAGAGAAAGAUGGAGGAUUACGAAACUGUGGCAUUGACCGAAGAGUGCAGUGCUAUUUUGCAAAGGAAGCUUCCACAGAAGUUGAGAGAUCCUGGAAGUUUCACAAUCCCAUGCACAAUUGGUAACUUUGAGUGA